AUGGUCACUCUCAGCGUCCAGGCUCCCGUCGCCCCCCAUGCCAACGGCGUCGCGCACGACGGCCUCUACCGCCUACAAUGCAAGGCGCAGACAUACGCUUGGGGCCUUCCGAUGGACGAAAGCGAGGUGGCCAGACUGUGCCUGGCAGAUGGUCAAAUGCUCGACCCCUCCCUGCCCUACGCUGAGCUGUGGAUGGGCACCCACCCCAGCGCCCCCUCCACCCUGGCCGCCCCCUCCGGCCAGCCGCUGUCUGACCUGCUGCAGCGCCAUCCCGAGCUGCUCGGCGCGGCGGCGCCCGCCUUUGGCAUCCGUGGCCUGCCCUUCCUGUUCAAGGUCCUGUCCAUCGGCUCCGCGCUGUCCAUCCAGUCCCACCCCGACAAGGCCCUGGCGGCGCGUCUGCACGCCGAGCGCCCCGAUGUCUACCCAGACGCCAACCACAAGCCGGAGAUGGUGCUGGCGCUGACGCGGUGCGAGGCGCUGUGUGGCUUCGCGCCGGCCGAGGAGCUGGCGGGGACGCUGGCUGCCGUCCCCGAGCUGCGCGCGAUGGAGGGCGGCGCGGGGCGCCAUGCGCGCGAUGCGCUGGCGCUGCAUCUGGCCGCGCAGUACCCGCGCGACGUUGGCGUGCUGGCGGCGCUGACCCUGAACCACGUCACGCUGGAGGCGGGGGAGGCGCUGGCCCUGCCCGCCAACCUGCCGCACGCUUACCUGGCGGGCCAGGCGCUGGAGGCCAUGGCCGAGUCGGACAACGUGAUCCGCGCGGGGCUGACGCCCAAGCUGCGCGACGCCGCCGUGCUCUGCGCCUCGCUGUCCUACGACCAGGCGCGGCCCGAGGUCCUGCGCGGCGAGCGGUGCGGUGGUGACGUCGGCGCCGGCGAGGCCAAGGCGGCGGGCGAGCACGGCCUGCGCAGGUACCGCCCCUCCCAGCCCUUUCCCGAGUUCGAGGUGUGGACUGGGCGCGCUGCGCCGGGGACGAAGCUGCGCCUGGCCCCCGCGGCGGGUCCCGCCCUGCUCCUGGUCAGGCGCGGGGAGGCGCGGGCGGGGGCACGCCGCCUGGGGCCCGGCCACGCAUUCUUCCUUGCGGCGGGCCGGGGGAUGGACCUGGAGGUGGCCGCUGGGGGCCAGGACCUGGAGAUCGCCGCGGCGGCCUGCAACGGCAUGGGCUUUGGCUCGGGCGAGGCCUAA